CAUCAAACGAAUGAAUAUAUCGUUUUUCAUAAUUUAGUAGUAGUAUUUUUACUUGAUUAAAUUCGGUGUAAAUAUAAGUGUGUUAAUCUAAGCUGUUCGGACUCUACAAAAUUGUUGCCACAACCGUGUCGGAUCCUUAUACUAUUUUUGAAAAAUUCAACACGCAUCUAUAGAUAUUUUUUAAAAGUCCGAGCAACUUAGGUGCUAAUGCAGGGAUGCAUACAGCUACUAAGUAAUAAAACCAAAUGAAGUCCAGACCAUUGGAUGUAGUCAAAGAGGUAAGCAAGAAGAGAAAGAGAUGGGCUGUUGGUACUUGUAUCUUUCCAGAAAUGGCAAGUGCUCCUCCAUUCCCAACUAGCUUCUUGUUUUCUCCCCCAACCACUCCACACUUGACUUAUUUCCUAUCAUCACUGCAACUUCAACCUAAAAGGAGCUUAUUCAACCAGCUCAAUGCUCAACCUUUAUCCCAUUUCUCAAUCAAGUGUUCAGCCUCCACUCAUGGAUCUACUGCUGAUGCCAACUUUUUUCAAGAAAACAAAGAAAUACAUAACCAAGAGAGCAAAGGGUUUUGGAAGAAAUGGAAGGAGAACUCAGCGGAAAUGAGCGCGAAAGUAGCAAAGCUGGGGCUUGCAGCUGUUCUCGCAUAUGGUAUCAUUGAUGGUGUCACAUACACUAGUUUCUUUGUUCUUGCAUUUUUGGGCUAUGAGAAGACUACAGGGAAUAAUCCUGCUGCAAACCUCCAAGCUUUGUUGGGAAUUAUAAUCGCGAUGUGGACGGGAAAUAAUGUGACAAGGCCGUUUAGGGUUGCAGGAGCAGCUGCUUUGGCACCUGCCAUUGACAAGGGACUAAAGAGAAUACAGAAAUACUUGAACUUUCCAAGUCUUGUAUAUGCUUUUGCUUUAGUGGUGACUAUAGUUGCCGGGAUAUGUUUCACCAUUAUUGGUUUACUCAUUCUUUCAAGAUGGGGAAAGUGAAUUAUUAUACCCUUAAUUAAGCUGGAUAUUCAUUAUCAUUUGUCAAUGGUUUCUUGUAUGACUAUAUAAUUUUUCCAUUUAUAUGGUCUUGUUUCCACAGCA